AUGGAGGCUGGCCUGGUCCAGCGUCGCCGGGCCUCGAGGCCCGGCUCGACAUCUACUGAUAGUAUGGGGAGGCAACGGCCGCGCAAGACUUCGAGCGCCGUCGUUGUCAGACGGCCGCAGUCACAGACGCCGUACAAGUCCGUGUCAGGCUCAACCAGCGUCCUUGGUCACAUCACCCGUCACCCGGACCUGCCCCAGGAGAAGCUCAAGGAGUUCCUCAGUCUGCAGCGAGACAGGAUCGCCGUGUAUGAACUGGCCGACUUUCUGAGGCGUACAAGCCCACCACCAAACAACAACAUGUGCCUCCCAGAUCUGCCAUCAUCAAGAAGCUCGUCCUUCAGAAGCAAGAAGUGGGAUCCGAUAAAGGCCAUCAGGCGGCAGCGCAGGUCACUGCGCCGCCGUUCGGAUCCCGAAGAGGUGUCGCCGGCAGCCCCUGCCAUCGCUUGCCGGACGCGCGAGGGAACACCUCACAUCGCCAUAUCGAUACCCAAAGAGUACAUCAGCCUCGCUGCCAGGCCGAGGACGCAGCCGUCCAUCUUGGAAAGCAAGGGGCCGGAGCCCAACACAUUUACCAGGACCAUCGUCACGAGAGGAGGGUCUGUGAGGACAUACACCAUCGAGAAAGACCCCUCGGACCGGACGCUGUCUGUCACCACGACAUCACGCAUAGCUGCGCGACCGCGGAGGGCCGAUAGCUUCCAGAUCAACGGGCAUGGGAACAUUUUGUCUUUGCCUCUCGAGCCCCCGCCGUCGUGCGCACCACCCGUCCCACCUAAACCUGCCAGCUACAAGCCUGCCAGCUCUCGCGCUGCGGCGCGCCGCAACGUCAUGUCGCAGAACGGCAUCGUGACCAAGACUGUGGCGGGCAGCACCAUACUGAUGCAUCCCAGAGCCUCCCUGCCACACCAGGCCUUCUCAUCGUCUGCGCCGACCAUCUCACCGCCGGCGCGCAAGUCAAGCAAGCAUCAUGCGAGAGUCGGAUCGGCACCGUGUGAUUCUAUCGCGGAAGUGAUGCACACUAAUUCGCCCCCGAUGAGCUGGCUGCACGACGACACAAGUCGGUCGCAAACUCCUGUGUUGUCUAUACCCGACAGCCCAGCGCUUAGUGACACUGAUCCCACCACCUGCGCUGGGGACAACCGCGACCGGCAGACCAUGAGUAGCUACUCGAGCAUACCAAUCCUGCAGCGCGACAAUAGAGACUCCUUUGUGACGGUUCUCCGCGACGACGCGGACAAGGAGUGCUCCGUAGAAAAGGCGCGCUCGUCGCCGCAUGACACGCCGAACUCGGACGACGGUAGCUUUACGACGCAGAAGACGCUGGAGGAGAGGAGGAAGCUCCGGCAGAAAAGGGUCGGCGACAAGAAGCGCAAGGACAUCGAUGCCGCGCGCCUCCGGGCGAAGCAGAGCGCCGAGUCUGUAAAGCAGGUGGCGGUGGAGGACUUUCAUCUUCCUGAUGGCUACGACCCUGGCAGGAAGGACUCUCAGACCUUGCCCAUCUUCGAGAUGAUGAUGUCUGCGUCGAGGUCCGAGUUUUUGCCGAAGGAGUCCAUCGAAGAAGAGCGCCGUGUUUCUAUGUCGCCCAUCAUGGUCGUCGCUGAUGUCAACCCCAAGCAAUCACCCGAAGUCGCUCGCGCAGAGUCACACAUCUCGGCCGAGGGUCCUACUACAACCAUUCAAGCUCCGAAACCCAUCCCACAUUCAAAGUCUCAUCCUCUCUUACAAUUUUCUCGCGAGGAGGGCAACGCCGAAUCCACAGCGCCGCCGCUCGAAUCUCCCAUCGCCAUCCCGACCCGCUCGACACCGCCGCUGGACCGCACCUCGCUCUCCCGGCGCCUCGAGCACCGCUGGUCCCUGGCCGAGGCGCAGCGCCUCCGCAGGGCCGCGAGCUCGGUCGUGCUCUCAGACCCGGACAUGGCGACGGCGGCGCAGCGCAUCCCCUACGACGAGCUCGCGCGGCGGUACAGGAUGCUCUGGGCGCGGCACGUGUCGGACCUGGAGCGCCGGCUCGGCCGGCUCGAGGCCGACGGCGACACGUGGCUGCGGGCCGUGGUGCCGCUGCUCGACGGGCUGAACAGGACGCUGGGCCGGAUCUGCGAGGGCACCGGCAGCGGCGGCGGCGACGGAGCGUGCUUUCGGCGGUGGUCGGCGCCGGAGGAGGGGGCCGGCGCGGGCAAGCAGGGCGAGACGAUGACGACGAAGACGGCCCAGUCAGAUCCUGGGGUUGGUGGGAUUGCGGUCCCGGGGCCGCCGGUGAAGAGUGGUGGGUCGUCUACCAAGCCUGGUGAGGAGGAGAAGGAGCCCAGGGAUGGGAGCCUUGGGGAGCUGGACACGCUUGAGCCGUUGCUGCGGCACAUUGUCGGGUCUAGUAGGCUGAGUAUUGAAGGGGUCUAG